AGUCACAUGGGCUGACAGGGGAGGGGUCGGAAAGGCUGGAUAAGCUCCUUCCGGGUCAGUGACAGAGCCGUCAGCUCCAUGAGAAAAUUAAUGCAAAACUUCAUGAUGGAGUAUGUCAGCGCUGUAAAGAAGUUCUUGAAUGGCGUGUGAAGUACAGCAAAUACAAACCGUUAUCAAAGCCUAAAAAAUGGUGUUGAUCCCAAGGGCACUCCUCAGGGUCUGCACCUGGUGACCCCGGCCCGUGACAGAAGUACCAGGACUGAUCCACAAGCACAGACACUGAGAUGGGACUUUGGAGUGGAUCUCCAUCCUCUGGCUGCCAAUGAAAAUGCUGUCACUGAUAAUGUUUUUAGAAGAAGCAUCUCAAGAAGAAAGGCUGGCCAAAGAAUGGUGCUUUAAGCCAUGUGAAAUAAGAGAACUGAGCCAACAUGAGUUCUUCAUGCCCGGGCUGGUGGAUACACACAUCCAUGCGCCUCAGUAUUUCUUUGCCGGGAGUAACGUAGACCUCCCUCUGCUGGAGUGGCUGACCACCUACACAUUCCCUACAGAACACAGAUUCAAGAGCACUGACUUUGCCGAGGAAGUGUACACCAAAGUUGUCCGGAGAACACUAAAGAAUGGAACAACCACAGCUUGUUACUUUGGAACAAUUCACACUGACUCAUCUCUGCUCCUUGCGGAAAUUACAGAUAAAUUUGGGCAGCGGGCGUUUGUGGGCAAAGUGUGCAUGGACCUGAAUAACACUGUCCCAGAAUACAAGGAAACCACUGAGGAGUCAAUCAGUGAAACGCAGAGAUUUGUGUCAGAAAUGAUCCAAAAGAACUAUUCUAGAGUGAAGCCCAUAGUGACACCACGUUUUUCCCUUUCCUGCUCUGAGACUUUGAUGUGUGAACUUGGAAAGAUCGCGAAGACCCAUGAUUUGCACAUUCAGAGUCAUAUAAGUGAAACUCCUGAUGAAGUUGAAGCUGUGAAAAACUUAUACCCUGAUUAUAAACACUAUACAGAUGUGUAUGAUAAAAACAAUCUUCUGACAAAUAAGACAGUGAUGGCGCAUGGCUGCCACCUUUCCUCAGAAGAACUGGAUAUAUUCAAGGACCGAGGAGCAUCGAUCUCACAUUGUCCCACUUCUAACUUAUCGCUCAGCAGCGGCUUUCUCAACGUGUUGGAAGUCCUGAAACAUGAAGUGAAAGUGGGGCUGGGUACAGAUGUUGCUGGUGGUUAUUCAUCUUCCGUGCUUGAUGCAAUCAGAAGAGCAGUGAUGGUUUCUAACAUCCUUUCAGUUAAUAAGAUAAAUAAAAAAACCCUCACCCUCAAAGAGGUCUUCAGACUAGCUACUCUUGGAGGCAGCCAAGCCCUGGGGCUGGAUAAAGAGAUUGGAAACUUUGAAGUGGGCAAGGAGUUUGAUGCCCUCUUGAUCAACCCCAAAGCAUCUGACUCUCCCAUUGACAUGUUUUCUGGGGAUUUGGUUGGUGAUAUUUCUGAGGCUAUUAUCCAGAAGUUCCUCUAUCUAGGAGAUGACCGAAAUAUUGAGGAGGUGUAUGUGUGCGGAAAGCAGGUGGUUCCAUUUUCAAGCUCAGUCUAAGGCCCUGAGCCUCUACAAGCUCUCCUGGGAUAACAUGGUUCUGCAUCUAUCCCUUGUGUCCAGGCGGAGUUAGAAAGUCAAAAAAUAGCACCUUGUUCUUGGGAUGACUAUCUUUUUCUGUGUCUAGUUACAGUAUUCACUUGGCAAAUUGAAGGGAGUUGCACUAAUUCUCAACUCUCUGGUUGGGAGGAUUCAAAAUUUCUCUCUUUUGAGCUGUUCAGAUUUACUUUAAGCUCAAACAUAAGGGGAUGGUAUUACUAGUGGUGUUCUUAUUGACAUUUAAGUAAAAUCUAUUUCAUAUUUGGAAAUGUGGAGAGAAAAGAUAUUCCUGUGAGGUUAGAUAUUUUUGAGCUAAUAAAUGCACAAAUUGGAAAUGGAAAUUGAACCAGUGAGUAUCUUUUUAUGAGGAAGAAAAAGUUAGACUAUGAAAAACACUGAAGAUCACUUCGGUUUGUGCUUGAAAACUAUAUACUGAGCAUACUAAUUUAGAAAGAGAACUUGUUGAGUUUUAAAACAUGUUUCUAGAUUGACUUUGUGUUCUGGAAAUUUGCAUUUAAUGGAAUUUGCAUUUCAGAGACGUGUUAUUGUUGUGCUUUGCUGUCUUUGGGGAUGAAUUGUCAGCAAUUGAAUGCCACAUUCUUUCUUAAUAUAGUUCUCUGCUUCAAAGUGUUUGACAGAAGUUGGGUAUUAAAGAUUUUAAAACUCUUAGGAAUAUUAUUCACAUAUAUGGCAUAAAUAGCUGCAUUUUUGUGUAUUUUAAAUCACCUUAGUGUAUAACUCUGUGAUGCUAUUACUGCUUCAGUUUUAUUACAAGAGAAACAAACUCCAUACCCCACUAUUGUGUAGACUGAAGUCUUCAUAAAAUUGGGGCAAAUGCUGGGCAUUCAGGAGCUGUCAAUACUGAAAGGAAGGGUUCAUUGCAAUGACCUAUUCUCCUUAAGAACCCAAAAGUCGCUGGAAAUUUUGUACUCUGAUAUCAAUCUGUUAGAACUUUAAAGUGAAGGACAAACCUUACUAAGAGAAAUAUUAUUAAAAAUCUUUAGACCCUGCAUAUUAAACGCACUCUGUUUUUCAAUUUUAUUCUAUUGUCCUUUUAAUUCCUAAUAAUUUCAAGAUGUUAGAAUUUUGCUAUAAUGAAAAAUAUAUAGAUGUCCCACUACUGUUUAUAUUAAUAAGACAUUCUGUACCAGACAGCUAGGAAUAUUAAACAAAGCAGAGUAUUUUUAUGCUUCCUAACUAAUUAGUAUUCUUUCCCAUAGCCUAGAAUUAAAAGCAAAUUAUGACUAUGAUAAAUCCUUAAGAAGUAAUAAUGUGAAUGUUACUAUAUUUUUCUCAUUUAAUUUCAAAUACUAUAAUCUAACAAGGAAAAGAGUAGAUUUUCUUAAUAUAUCAUAACACUCAUACCUAGGACGAGGUGUGACUCAUUAUUACCUUAUAGUAGAGAACUUUAUGUUAUAUGGCUAACUCCAUAUUUACAGAACUAAGAACAAACUUCUUCCUCUUGUACUAUAAAUUUUAUUCUCACAUAGCCAUACUAAUUCAGCAGUAAUUUGUCCAAUUUUGUUUUGUUUUUUUCUUGGUGGAAACACUUUUAGAUUGGAUUUGAUUGUGUAGACACUAGACCUAAAGAUAGAACACAUUUUUGGUCUUAUUUUUAAAAAAAAACACCAAGAGUGUUUUAGGAUAUUAAGUAACUCAAUAAAUCCAAUUUCUAGUCCCAGUAGCUGUUUUUGCAGAAUUCCUAAUUCCUGAUCCAUGUCAAAGAUAUCCCACCAAAUUUCUCCCCAUUUUUCUAUAGUGCUGGCAGGUGUUUUCUGCCCUAUUUCCCAAUCCGUGCCAAAGGAACGUGGUUACCUGGUGUCUACCCCACAUGAGUGGGCUUAAGAGUUUGGAUGAGAUGUGCAAGACCCACUGAUAGGAAAUAGCUGUCCUCAGCCGUUGCGAGAUCCUGCACUUUACCUUAAGGGUGUACAUGUUGGUGUCGAAUGUCAGUUUUCAUUUAGAUUUAGGAUUCAGAGGCAGUAAAUAUAAAUAAGUGGAGCAUCAGAAGCAGGAAGAAUGGCCAUAUACAACCACUUGGACAAACAUUAAAUUUAGCCCUGAUGGUAUGUUAAGACCUGAAUAUCUUUUUUCUAGUGAAAAUAAAAUGUGUUAAAAUGUUUCCCAUGUGCUUUGAUCUUUCUGCAUCAGUUAGAACUUAAGUGCUGUAUUUCUCCAAGUACCGUGUUCCUGAAUGUUGCAUAUGCUUUUUGCAGCACUACCUGCAUUAGCCGUACAUGUAACCAGAUAUUCUGCACCUUAUGAGUUGUUGCCAUUGCCUAAUGCGGGUUGGCUUUCUGAUUGUGGAGAGGCAGUAUUCCAAGCUAACCCAAUCUGUCACUUUGUGUUUGAGUAUUUUGCUCUCUGACAGGAAAGAAGGAAUUAAAACUUCUUAUCAGCUCCCUCACCGCACCCUGUACUAUUUGCUCCAGGUUUCAUGUCAUUUUUAAUGAAAUACACUUUAGCAGGUAACAACGUAUUCAGUAAGAUUGCCUCUCAUACAUUUAAAAAAAUAUUUCUGCAAACCGGCACACAAAAACAGGCUAAUCAGCUAAGGUGAAUUUAGUUUUCAAAAAGAGAGUGAAACAUGGCAUUAGGGCAUGGGCGGUUGUCCUAGGUAACGGAAACUGAGACCAAGGAGACUCUGCUCCCUUAUUUAUUCUCCCGGCUGCUUCUCUGAUUUAAUUGUCGAAGGUUUUAGAGUCCAAAAGAAUAUCUUGGAACAAGCUUUCUUCAUGCCGGGAGGAGGUCUUACUAAGUUAAUAUUGUUAGCAUUGAAGCCCGUUGACUCUCUUUUGUACUUCCGUGAGAAUUCUGCACGGUAAAGAAAGCAAAGCGGUGGGAAAACACUCCCAUUAUGCUUAACUGACUUUGAAGUGUGCCCUUGACUAUUCCUUUUGGCAUCUACAGUUGACAUGUCGGAGAGGAAACAAUGGGUGUGAGAUCCAGAAAUAUAUUUUGAAUCUUCACUCCCUUCCAGACUCUUCCUAUUUUUAAUUUUUUCAUCUCAGCACCAGACAUAUGGGAAGCCUAAGGCAAGCUGGAAGGCACGUUGGAUCAGUUUACCUCGUGCUAUAUUCAUGGAAGAUACCCAGAAUCGGAUGCUCCUGUAACCUACUGGACAUCUUUUUGUGGUCCAUUUCUUAGAGUUGAUGAUGAUACCAGAAACAUUCACAUGUUUGAAAAGAGUUUCCUGAAUUACUAAAAAGUUGACUAAGAAAGGUGUCAUGGGCAAUGUCUUAAAAUAAUUUUUAAAUAGUGUGGACUUUUGUGAAUUUUUAAGAUUUUUAUUUCCUGAAGGCUUUUUAAAGGAGACAUUUGCAAUUUCUGAUCUCCCUAGCCAGUUUAGUAUGACUUUGAACCCUGACACAUUUUGAUGCCUCUCAAGGAAAAGCACGGGAAGAAGUGCAUGAAUGAACAGACACUAUUAGGAAACCCUAGCAUUGGUCCUCCUGCAUGUUGUCAUGUCCAGCCCCUCCUCUCUUUCUCUCCCACAGCCCUGAAUGGGAGCGAUCAAGUGUUGAGGGGUUGGUUUGUAACUCUGGUCAAAAUUUAGUGAAAUGCAAAAGUUGAACAGGCCAAUGAUGACACUAAAUAUAAAUGCCAAGAUGACUUUCAUAGCCCUUGGGGUUCAAGUGACUGAAUAUCAGAUGUUAUGUGGCAGUAAUUUACCUGUUCUUUUCCCAUUCAAAAGCCUGUCAGAAAGCAUUCUUUAUUGAAAACCACCUUACAUUGUUGUUAAACUCCUGAUUGCCCCUCUAAAGAAUGUGUGUGUUUGUGUGUGUGUGUGUAUGUGUGUGUGUGUGUGUAAGUUCAUGGGGACAUUUUUUCUCAAUAUUUGUAUGAUUUGCUUAUUGUUCAUGUGCCGAGUGAGCUCCUUUGUGCUUUAGACAAAAAUAAAUGAGAUUUUGUGUUUACAUAA